AUGGCACCAGACAGAAGACGACGAAAGAAGGUGUAUAGAGACGAUGAUUUGCCUUCAGAGGUAGACGUAGUGACCAUAUCCAGCCGCGAAUCCUCUAUGCUGGCUUCCGAUGGUGAAGAGCGGUUCGUCAAAAAGCCCAGAAAGGCAGACCUAAAUGAUUUAUCAUCAGACAUAAUCUCGCUUGAUUCAGACGACGGGAAUGGUCAAAUCACCGUCAAACGCACAGAGACAGUAAAAAAGAUUCAAAAACCACCAAAGAUAGAAGAAAUAGCCCGUCUUUUUCGCAAACCACAGACAGUCUCGAGGAAUAGCAGUCUAAUUGAUAGUUCUAUCACUUGGGUUGAGAAGUACUGUCCGACUGAAUCUUCGCAAUUAUGUGUUCACGAAAGAAAAAUUGCAGAGCUACGCACCCAGAUUCAGGAUAUGGUUUUUGGCAGGACAAAUCAUCGGCUCUUGGUGCUUUCAGGCCCAAGUGGGUGUGGAAAAAGCGUUUCGGCCAAAAUCCUGUGCGAAGAGGUUAUGACCAGCAGGAACAGACCAAACGGCCAUCUGGGGAUUGAAGGCUACGAUCACGAAAACCGUCUAAAUAAUGUGGUACAGUAUAGAAACUGGAUUACACAGACAUCUAGUGAAACGUCAAGCGUGAAUAGUUUUGGAGAAUUUCUGGAAAGUUGCAAGGUUCUGACAAUUGGUAACCUCAGGUGUCUCGUUGUGGAAGAGUUGCCGAACCUACAUCAUGACGAAACGCUGAAAGCUUUCCGGAAAAGUAUUUUAGAGUGGCUUGAUCUCGAUGCAAAAAUAAGAUUACCCCCCCUGAUACUUUGUAUCACCGAAUAUGAGGUUGACAUUGAGAAUGGAAGAGGUUCCUUCUCGCUUGAGUCGAACUUUAAAACCGAGCUGGUUCUUGGGAGCAAGAUCAUGCGUAGGGAAGGCAAUCAAUGGACGAGGAUCAAAUUCAAUCCUGUGGCUAAACGGUAUCUAAACCGGUGUUUGAAACGCAUAGCCGUCGCUGAAGAUAGUGUAAUAUCUUCCAUCAAGCAAAUUCCCAGACAGCUAGUGGAACAAAAAAUAGAGAAACUGAGUGGCACGGGUGAUCUUCGAAACGCGAUAAUACUAUUUGAGUACUGGUGUAAGUACUGUUCAUCGUUGAACGAUGAAUUUCUUGGUCGCGAAUCCUCCUUGAACGUGUUCCAUUCGAUCGGGAAAAUCAUCUACGGAACGCAGCAUCCACAAGAUGAGUAUGAGACCUACGUCAAACGGGCUCACGAAUAUCGUUUGCUAGAGAGCUCCCCAUCGGAUCUCAAACCACAGACAGAUUAUCUGACUGUGAUAAACGUCGUCACGGAGGUUUUACAAACCUCUUCGAUGUUCCAUUUGAACUUGCUUGAAAACUACCUGUCAAUCGCCUCCCGUCUGACCAAGUCGCUUGCCCGACUCAGUGAUACGCUUUCCAUAUCUGAUAAUUUACAGUGCAAGUCAUACUUCAGUUACUCAUUCGGCGGAAUUUCCCUUAUGAACGAGAUUGCCACAACGAUAGCAUGUCUAGGGACACGAAUGGAAUGCAGGAAUAUAAAGGCGAACUCCAACAAGACUGGUGCUUUUCUCAGCAUGCGGUAUUCCAGGGAUGGCAAAUAUAAGAGGAAAUUGCACCGCAUUCAGCAAGAGACCGCUGACUUCGCUGCCAGGAGAACGGCCAGACUCAUACCACAAGGCAGGUACACAUAUCUUAGUACUUUUGAGCUAGUUUCGUGCGAUGGAUUCUACGAGUGCGCGAUUUUGAACUCGAAAAGACUGCGGAAGAAAAGCGAGCAGUCUGGCAUCCAUUGUGGGGUGAAUGUGAGGAGACUGGGAGGAGACUUCAAAAACUUGAUGAUGGCAGACACAGAAUUCAAAAUCGACGACGACGAAGAGGUUGACAUGCCAGUGGCAUAUGAAACAAAAUCGCAGCUGGAGGAGCUGUAUUUUGGAACCGGCGUUUUUGCUCAAGUCGACGGUUCGGACUCAGAGUUCGACACUGAUCCAAUUGUGAACAGUGACCAGGAAAACAUGUCUGCGGACGAGUUUAGCGACGACUCGCUGGUUUUACAAUUAUAG